AGAAGAGUAAUUUCGCGUACAGGGGCCACCGCUUGAUUGUAGGGAAGGAGGAGGAGAGGCAUCGCCAUCGAAGCGGUCAUCAAGAAAACUAUGAAGACUGUAUUAUUAUUAACAUUUAACAUUGCCAACAGCUGCAAGGCACGUCAGGAAACACCUUCCUUUCUCUCUCCUCCCCCUCUCUCUCUUGCCUUUUCAGCAUCAUCAAUCUCAACCCUAAAACCCUGAAAUGGGAAAGGCCACCCACCUGUCUCUGCAAUGGCCCAGCUGGACCAAAAUUUAUGUCGAAGAAAAACAAACCCAAAGAACACAAAGGCGAGAAAGGAAGAGCUGUGAGGAGGGAGGGAUGGAUAGAUGGAUGGAAUUGAGUGUCAUCCAAAUUGCCCCAUUACCCAAUCAAUUUACACUCAGACACCAAAGACACGGAAAGGGCAGAAAUUGGUUGCCACAAAUGCCCUUCUGCAAAUCCCCAUCUUCAUCAUCAACCUUGCUGUCUUUCCCAACAAUAUGUUUUUAUCUGUGCCCGAAUUAUGUGGGCUUUUUCGGCCUUGCCUUGGUCAGAUUUUUAUUCUUUUUUCCACACAAGAAACAGGAACGAAAGCAAAGGAAGAACCUUCCCACCUCUCCCACCCUCAUCUAUCCAUCUAUCUCUCCUCUCCUCUCUAUUUGUCCUAUCUAUCUCCUUUCUUACUCUACGUAUGCGCCUGCGCCCUUUCCUUAUUGCUUGUCCGCCUCCAUUCACAUUAGUCUUUAAUCACCAAAUCCCUAUUCCAUUUUUUCCUCCACACCUAGCCAAACCAUUUCUCUCACACAAUUUUCUUGAUCCCCUUCAAGAUCCAUUCCCUUCUUUUAUCCAGAGAAGCGUUUUGUCUGUGAUCUGAUGACGAGGAAGAAGACGAGUAAAGGGGUGGUCUUGAAAUCGCAGUUUCCUUAUGGGGGUGUUGGGUAUGAAGAAGCCGGGGCGAGACAUAAGCGCGAGACCCUUGUGCAGGACUACGAAGAACUGCAAAAGGAAGUUAAUGCUAUGAGAAGUAAAUUGGAGGUAGCUAAGCAGAAGAGGCGUAUACUCGAUGCUGAAGUUCGAUUUCUACGAAGGAAGUACAAAUCCUUUGUAAAAACAAAAGAUAUGAAUCUGUCACAAGAAUGUGUGGUAUCGAUGCCAACUUCGCUUAAGCAACUCAAGAACACGAAGGAACUGAUUUCUGGCGGGAAAGAGGCAAAACGGCGUAGGUUAUUACCUCCACUUCCAGAUGCGCGGCCAAAGAAGAAGCAACCUAUUGGUAAACAAGUUGCCAUGUUGAGUCCAUCCCCGGCGACUGUCUUGGCUCAAAUAUCGUCUGAUGGAAAAGAAAGUGUUGGAUAUGGCUUCGAUUUGAUUUCAGGUUCCAGCCACAGAGGACAGAUGCAUAUCAAUAGCGAAGCUUUUGUCCCAAUCAUUAACCCGGCUAUACUAGACAAGGACAGAUCACUAGCACUUGCUGGAAAUGGCGCAGCCGUAAGCUAUUCGGUUGGUGAUUUUGAUUUGAGCCAGUAUAAUAAUCCGAGUGGGCUAGCAGCUUCUAUCCGUAAUCAUCGAGCAACAUUUGACUUGAAUGAAAUCUCGACAGGGGACGAGGAUGUCCAGAACAACAUGUUCGAGGAAUCAAAGAAAAGUCUAACAAGAGGCUUAAACAUAAACAAUGACGAGCAGCAGCAAAACGAUCUAAAGUUUUCAAUGUGCCGAAACCCCGGGGAAGGAUCUGCUCGUGUGGGGAGUAAACGGAAGAUCUCUUGGCAGGACCCGGUGGCUUUACGAGUUUGAAGCUGGGAAAAGAUCGACCAUAAGGACGUAGGCAUAGCAGGCAGUGGAACAGAUGAUUGAAUGCCUUUCCACAUUACUUUCUCAAGAUAUGCGAGUUUGUGAAUUCCAUGAUGAUAACAAUUUAGGUGAUCAUAGAUGAUGGAUGAUUUGGUGUUCUUGAAACAGCUGUCCAGUCUAGGAUUACUCAAAUUCUUAGAUUAGAUAAUACAGUAUGUAUUUUCUUAUACUUUACCCUAUUGGGGUGAGUAUUCAUUCUGCCAUGUUUACUGCCUGUGUAUAAAUUGGUAGAACAAUCUAAGAUCUUAAAUGGAUGAAAAUGGUUAUGUA